AUGGUCCACUGCCCGCCGAGACAUACACCCAGCGAGCAUUGAACACUGAACACGACUAUCUGUCCAGAGAGCUGUGACCACCAUUGCCACUACUAUCUACUCAGAAAGUCGUGACCACUGAGCCGCUGCUGCCUGCCCAGAGUCUCAUCCACCGCCUGCUCCACCUGGUUGCGAUGCCUGAGUUCCUAACUGCUGUUUCUUGGCCGUUCCUGAUCCUCCUGUCCUUCCAGGUUGGCGUGGCUGCUGGAGCCCCCCAGCCAUGGCACUGUGCUCCCUGCACUGCUGAGAGGCUGGGGCUCUGUCCUCCUGUGCCUGCUUCGUGCCCCGAGAUUUCUCGGCCGGCAGGCUGUGGCUGCUGCCCAACAUGUGCCUUGCCACUGGGCGCUGCCUGUGGUGUGGCCACUGCACGCUGCGCCCAGGGACUCAGCUGCCGUGCGCUGCCAGGAGAGCCUCGUCCCCUGCAUGCUCUCACCCGUGGUCAGGGAGCCUGUGUACAAGAACCUGCCGCACCUGCCACGAGCACCUUGUCCAGCUCCCAGCAUGAAGAGGCAAAGGCUGCUGUGGCCUCCGAGGAUGAGCUUACUGAGAGCCCAGAAAUGACGGAAGAGCAGCUACUGGACAGCUUCCACCUGAUGGCCCCAUCCCGUGAGGACCAGCCCAUCCUGUGGAAUGCCAUUAGCACCUAUAGCAGCAUGCGGGCCCGGGAGAUCGCUGACCUCAAGAAAUGGAGGGAGCCCUGCCAACGAGAACUCUAUAGAGUGCUAGAGAGAUUAGCUGCAGCUCAACAGAAAGCAGGAGAUGAAAUCUACAAAUUUUACCUGCCAAACUGCAACAAGAAUGGAUUUUAUCACAGCAAACAGUGUGAAACAUCCUUGGAUGGAGAAGCUGGGCUCUGCUGGUGUGUCUAUCCAUGGAGUGGGAAGAAGAUUCCUGGGUCUCUGGAGACCAGAGGGGACCCCAACUGCCACCAGUAUUUUAAUGUACACAACUGAAAAGAGUUCUUUUCUUUCUCCAUGUUCACACAAAAUAUUUAAGUAUAUACUAUAUUUAUACUCUGGAGCACACCAUUUUAUAUAUGUGUAUAUGUAUAUAACUAGGAACUAGUUUUUAUACUCCACAUAACUGCUUGAUACAUGAAGCUGGCUUGUAUUUAUUCACUGUAAGUUUAUUUUUUCUACACAGUUCUUAUGCUAUAUUAAUUUAUAUAACAUGAAGCUCUUCUUACUUCCGUACAUGUAAAUACUGUAUCUCAGCUCUUCCAAUGUUCUGCUUUGAAAAGGCAGAGUGAUAACUGCCCAGAACAUGCACAGGUCAGUCUGAGGUAGGGGGCUUUCAGUGGGUUAAGGGAGGGAAGUUAGCCCACACUCAGGGAGAUUUCCUCGUCGUAUCCCACAGAUCUGUGUCUGAUGCACAUUUGCUAGGAAACUUCCAAUGCUGAUUGUGUAAUCAAAGCUAACCGUGGAAAGCUGCAUCUGAUACAUUGUUAAACACACAUCUGGAAUAAAUAUUCUACCUGGAAAUA